AUGACCACUAUUUUCAGAAUUCUCGCGUCGCUGGCCGCCGUCUCGACUGCGAGCGCGCGCGUCUUCAACCUUCCGAUUAUCAUCGACAAUGGCUAUUCCCUUGUCGAUGUCAAGGUCGGGACGCCGGCACGCUCCACCCGUCUCCUCUUCGACACGGGUAGCUCCUCGACGUGGAUGUACGACUGGUAUUGCGCCGAGACCUGCGUCAACUACGUCGGAUAUCCCCGCCUCGGCUACAACCCCGCCAACUCAUCCACCUCCGAAACCACAGGCGGAUACGCCUACAUCGAAUACCUAGGCGGCACCACAGCCGGCCCCGCCAUCCAGGACAAGUUCACGCUCGGCUGCACGGCCUGGGACCAGGCUUCAUCGCCGCCGCCUCCUCCUCGUGGGGCCGAGGGCCUGCUCGACAAGCCCCGGUUCGGUCUCUAUUACGGUACCCAGAUCCGCGACACCAACGGCGCGCCCGGCGACGGCGUGCUCACCCUCGGCGGCUCGCGCGAGGACGAGUUCGUCGAGGGCGACCUCGUCACCGUGCCUCUCGAGAAGAGCGGCGACGCCGGCGAAUACCAGGUCUGGCGGACGGGUUUCUCCUCCGUCGUCGGGUCGCGCGGCGUGGGCGACGACAGCACCGUCGUCGAUGUGGAGACCCCGCUCGACUACGCCUGGGCCGUUUUCGAUACCGGCGCUGGUCGUACUUCCCUCCCUCGCGCCGAGACCGAGGCCAUCUACGAGUCCAUUGGCUGGAACUUCACCGCCAUUAUGGAGGGUAAGCAUAUUCCCUUGUGCUCCGAGUUCAACGCCACCUGGUCCGUCUCCUUUAACCUCGGCCCCCGCGACGAUCCCCGCACCCUCGUCCUGCGGGGCGACGAGCUCGCCGUGCCUGGGUUUGCUGGCCGCGAGGACGCGUGCUGGCCGCCGUUUGACCGGAGCGACUACGAUGGCUUCGCGCUGAUCGGCACCACGCUGCUGAAGAAGUUUUACACCGUCUGGGAUCUCGGCGCCGAGGGAACCACGAACAAUGCCGACUAUAAGCCUGCCAUUAGCCUUGGUAGGCUGAGGCCUGAGUUUAGGCCUGUCUCGGCGGCGUUUUAA